CAACUGUGUUCUUUCUCGCAUUCGUUGUGUCACGCACGCUGGACUUUGUCUUGUGUCUUUAUGGGGUAGUCGGAAGUGGUCACUCAAACUAUGACUUGAAUUUGUGCUGGAUUUGAAAUAUUCCAUAAGGGAGCAUUGAAAUUGGAUUUGACGCACAAGGUGUGAGCGAGGAUGUUCCGGAAUGACAGUCCGCCGGGGAAUGACACCAGCAGUUAUGCAGGAUCCAUUCAGUCCAAUGGCUACUCGUUCAGGGAUGAAGUGUCUUCACUGGUGUCAUCUAUGUCGAGGCCCAGCGCAAAGUCGAUAUACCUGCAGCGGAAGGAGUACGCCGCCUCGAUGAACAACACCAUCAAGUAUUUCCAUUACAGAGUGGAGCAUCUACUCACAUGCGACCUGGAUGGCGAGGAGCUGCGAGGCUUCACCGACUGUGUGGACAGGCUCAAUCUACUCGACAAGAUGGGUCGAGUGUGGGGCCAGAACAUGCUGCUGGAGGUCAACGGACCCGAUCUGCUGCUCACCGACACCGAGACCAAGGAAGUGCUGGAGUCUAUUCAUCUGUGUGACAUCGUGGAGCUAAAAGCUGUGUUGGACACGACGGCUUCCAACUCGCUCCUAGCGGUGAUGGUCAAACCCAGCAGGAAACGCGUGAUGAGCGUCUUCCUGUUCCACUGCGACGACGUCAGGGCUGAUUACGUCCAAAGGGCUCUUUCACAAGCGCGUUUAAGCGCAAGACAUGAAGAAGCGCAAAGUCAUAGUCAAGUUGAACCCAAAGAGUGGGCCCCUCCCGAUUACAACGAGGACACUGACCUGGUAGUAGCUCCGAGGGAUGUUGAUGACCAGGAGGAAGAGAUGCACGAGGAAGAAGAAGAGGAGGAGGCCUCCAUCAGAGAAGAAACUUUGCCACCACGACGGCCUUACACGGAAUUGGACAGAAACGUGGACAUCUUGAAUCAUAUCAUCAACGACAUUGAGAUCUUCAUGGGGAAGGUGGCCGGCGUCGCAGCGAAAAACGCAAAGAAAAAGAAGAAAAAAAACAAAGGAAAAGUCAUGGUCGGCAUGCCCCCAACAGAAGAGUUUGAAGAGUGCCUCCAGAAGAUCAAAUGUGGUUUCAACCUUCUGGUGGAGCUGAAGGGAAAGAUCGAUAACCCCAGUGUGUCCGAAUUUGUGCACUGCUUCUUCUCUUCGUUAGCAUUUAUUGUGGCUCAGUGCUCCGAGGACGUGCCUCCGAGCAUCGUUGCUCCCCUGCUGACUCCUCAGUGUAUCUGCCUCAUGAGCGAGGAGGCCUCCGCGGAGGAGGACCAGCUGUGGCAAUCUUUGGGAGACGCGUGGAAUAUCCCAAGCACUAAAUGGCCCGAGGAUGACGAGGACAUCCCGACAUACACUCUGGCAUUCUUUGACGGCUGGCAGCCUCCCGAGGUCAGGGAGGCCCCUGCAGCCGCCACGGAGACCCCGGUGAAGGUGCAGGAGGUUCAACGGCCCCCGUCCAGCAAGACAACCACCAAGAAGAUGCCGUCGCCACCUGCAACACCAACACAGCUUGCAAGAAUACCUGUAAGGUACACGGCCAAGUUGCGGGAGAAGAAGCUCCGUCGCAUGCGCGUCAUGCACGACUUCAUCUCCAGGAACAACAGAGAGCUGACCAUCAGGAAAGGCGAAGUCGUGGAGCUGCUGGACGUGUCCAAGCUGUGGUGGAAAGUGAGGAACAGCAGAGGAGAAGAAGGUUUCGUACCCAACAACGUCCUCACGGAAAAUGAACAACAAGCUGAUGACAUGGUGGCGGCAAUGCCAACCGGAAGCUCUCCUGUCUUAGGCAAGAAGUCCAAACCUGCUGAGGUGAAAGCCUGGCUUGAACACAUGGGCUUCACCAAGAUCACAGUGCGCUGUUUGGGUGUGCUGAGCGGCUCCAUGCUCCUCAGCAUGACCCGAGAGGAACUGAAGACAGUGUGUCCAGAAGAAGGCGGGAGGGUGUUCUUCCAAUUACAAGCAGUCCGUUCUGCCGCCCUGGCUGCUGCAAACUGAGCUGGCGAGUUGUCAUGGAGGAAAACAUCACCAGAGGCGGCCCACAACAGCCAAACCUGUCAUUUUUACGCUGGCACUUUUCACUUUAAAAAUCUUGACUAUUAUACUCUCACCGGACUUCAAAAUGUUGCAUUUACAAAGAUGAUCACAUUAGCUUUUGAUUGGCGCUGCCAGAGAGGCAUUAAUUUAACAAUACUGUAUAUUUAUUGGUUCGUCAUAGUUUUUCUAAAUCCAGCACAACCCUUAUCCUCACUAAGUUUACUGGGUCUGUCCCAGCUAACUCUGGACAACUAUUCACAACUUUAACCAAUUUAAACUCUUCAUGCAUGUUUCUGAAAUGUCGGAAGAAACGAAUACCCAGAAAAAAGCGGGAAAGGCUGAACCUGAGAUUCGAACUCUGUAUCUUAGAAUUUUGAGGCAGAUGUGCAAACCACUAUUGUACAGUCCUGCUCUGGGUUUACUAAUACUGUACAUGUUUUUUUUUUUAAUUCAUCUACAGUCAGAACAAAAUAUGACCUCAGAGUGAGAAAGUAUUCAAACGCCAACUCCAUUAAUUGACACAUCUUCCAGGUGUAAAUGCCAGUUUUAAAUUCGCACUGUACAAUACACCCAUGGCAGAAAAUUGUUAGCAACGUUCAACGUGAUCGCUGAUGUUUGCUAUUCAACUUGAGUCCUGUGGGUGUCUGUGGCUUUCGUUUCAAACGGAUGCCUGAAACGCAUCAAGACUUUUCGACCAUCUGUUCCCUUCAGUCAGGGCUUGCAAGGCCUUCUCUAAAUGCUGUCAUUAGCACUAACUAUGCAACCUAAAUCCUAUUUGUACAAUGAAGUUGUAUUAUUUUGCUCAGAAUUGCCUAUUCUCUUCUUUUUGAAGCGUUUACCUGAUGCUGCUUUCAUCUUAUGGACGGUAGAUUUUUAAAUUAUUAUUAGUAAUGAUUUGGAUGAUAUUUUAGCAAGCUUACCGACAAGCAUGUGAGCAAUUUCUGUCUUCUUGUUUGGUCAGAGCAAAACUAUUUGGCAGGGAAGGAGACCAAAAACACGUUAGCCUGCUCUGUUUAGCGCUUCAAAGCGAAAAGGUGACAUCCGGUGGACAAAAAAAGAAUUGCAAUUUUAUGAAAAUCCCCUUCGGAGAAACCGAGAAAUAAAAAAAAAAAACAUAGCAAUCACAACAGUACAUUAUGAAGAAACGUGCUUUAUUUUAAGCAGUCAGACAUAACAUGUUAACUCUCUUCAAAGAUUUGCGAAUCGAUUGUUUGCUGAUAAUUUCCCUACUGCAGUUGUUGAUAGUGGGCAGAAAUAAAGGCAUCGGAACACUUGGUUAGCAAACUACGGGUUUACGGAUUUAACAUCUGAAUUCUUUUUCGAAAACUGUGAUUCGUGUAAUGUGACGAGAAAAAUACAAGACAACUACAGGAUUAGGAAUUCUGAGGUAGGACGAGCUACAUUGUGUUACGUAGUGAUCGGGAAAUGAAAACACACCACUCACUCUACGUAGCACAGACCGUAGCAACCCCUAAUACGUCAGACAAUAGGCAAUCAAAUUAAAAUUUGACAUUACCUUAAGAACCUUUUCUUUACUGACAGUCUAAAAUGAUUGAUCAAUCCCUGUCACUUCUUGCUAUUGGGGGUGGGGGAUAAAUCCUGGUUUGAUUAUACAAAUUUUUGAUUAUAUUAUAUUUUGAUUAUACAAAUUGUAUGUUGGUCAACCCUGGAAGGAUGGCUUGUUGGAACACAUUUGUUUCUCUUUGAGCUACAAAAUUGGUGAAAUCUGCAGUAGCCUAAAACACUUUCAACUCGAGAGGCAUUUUUGAAUGAAUGCCACAACGCGUAUAAUUACUGAUUUAAUUGUUGCCUAAUGGAACACAAAUAUGAACCAUGCAUGUGUGUCGCCACCUACUGGUAAAUUGACGGUUUUCAAACUAACCAAAGAACCGAAAUUACAUUCGAUACCACAAAAUAAGAUCUUUUAUGAGUUAAAAAUAUUGUUUGAAAAAAUAAUUGUAUAUUAUUUCUAUAUUGUACAGUAUUUUUUAUUGAUUCAAAGCAGCGAUUCACAACCAGUGCUUAAGAGAUUAUCAGACGUGCAAUGGAAAAUUAUACAAAUGUACCUAACUGGACCGAAAACUAUCAAUUCACUGCAAAUACUGUGUCUUUGUUCAAGUAUUCAUUGCGAGCUAUGUAUAGUGACAGGCAAAACAAUUAAAUGAUCUUCCACUAGAGGGCAACAGCUGCAUCAUUAAACCGUGUUUAUCGACUUUUUGGGACAUGACUUUCUGAUGUAAAAUAUACACUUUUACUGACUAAAUGUUUGGAAACACUUAUAUAAAAAUAAUUCUAAAUUAGGAGACAUCUCAAUGGAGGUAAGAAAUCAUGCAUGAUGGAAAAUGUACUUUUGUCAUCCCGUUGGCUGUUUGUCAUUGCAAGGAAACCCGUCUGCCGUCUAAUAAAACAAGCAACAUAAAAAAUAAGAGUUAAGCAAUCACAAUGACCAAGUGGCAACGUAAUCAUGAUGAACAUGAACAAUCAGAUUAAUGAUGACAAAAAAACUUAAUGUACGCAUUUAAAAGUACACUUUGUAUAUAAGGCCAACAGUCUCAUACUUCGCGGCAGAUUCACCUCUGCAGUGCGCCUCAUUAGCUUCGCAUAGCAGCUCAAUGCCAAGAAGGAGGGAAACAAAGUGAUGAGAAACUGGUCACGUCUUUUGGUUCACUUUCACAUCUUCUAAAAGCUACAAGAAAGAUUUCCACUCUGCGAAGGCAAUAAUCAUCAGCAAUGAUUAAUACUGUCUGAGGUGUAUUGAACUUCCCUGCUGUCUGAUGAUAUGUGCUUGUUUAUUGAUGCAGAGUGUAUUGAAAUUCGGUAUAGUGUUCCUCCACAUAUUCGCAAAUUCAUGCGGACUUUAUCUGCUUGUGCCAUAUUUUAAGUAUUGCUCUGGCGCCAUCUUGUGACAUGUUGGUGUCAAGAAAUUACAUCGACAUAAGGGGCUGUCUGAUUGAAAAGUGGUGCUUUGUCACCAUCUUGUGGCAUCUGUAGGCACCAAACAUUUUUAACAGAGGAAUCACUUACUGUGCGGGCAGGGCUUGGGACCUAUGCCCCGCGAAUAGUGAGGGAGCACUGUACAAUGGUGCCUUGAGUUGAAUUUAAUUAGUUCUGUGCCCAUGAUCAUAACUCUCAUAUCUUAAAUUAUAUUUCCCAAAUGUUCCACCCCUCCCACCCAGAAAAAAAAGCUUUU